CCCUGCCAACCAGUGCUAAAGCUGCACUUUGAACGGAGGAAAGAGGACUACGCCGGUGUUGCAAUUGCUCUGUAUUUUGGGGAAAUAGUGGGUGUUUUUUGCCUAUUCAGCGUAUUAGACUGCUCAGAUUUGCUUUUUCUUCGGCAAUUUCCCAUCGAGCUCCUGGAGUGUGAUUGUUCCUUCUACGUUAUAGCCUUGUUUGUGUGGGCUUUACUGUGUGUGUUUUUCCCAGGCAUUCGUCCUCCUUUGGAGUUAUCACAUACUCAUCUUCCAUUACCGGCGUUCAAGCAUAGGCAGGGAUUGGUACCAUCCAUUGUCGGUGUAGCUGUCUGACUUUUCUUUGGACUUGAUCUUGCUUCCCGGCUAGCGCAGGAUUCGAGUUUCAGCGAGAGGAACAAGGCCGUUAUCUCGAAAGCAAGAGAGCAGCAGGACAUAAUGAGCAACAACAAGGUGAGUAGGGCCCCAUCUUCACGUGCCGGAGAGACAGGCACACCUCUGCGUACGGAUGAGAACAAGCCAGUUGUGUCGGACGCACUGGCUAAGAAUUCAAGGCAGCUAUUGUAUGCCCAUCUUUACAACUACUUGAUUGAGAAUAAGCUCUAUGACACUGCAAAGAUCCUGCUUGAUGAAGCUGAUAUCCCAUUAUCCGCGUCCAAGGACGUUUCUUCGGGCACACAGAAGGAGCCCAACUUGGAACUGGGUGACUUGCCCGACGUUAAGAUGCUGAUGACUUCGCCAGACACGUUCCUCUUGGAAUGGUGGCAGUCCCUUUGGGCACUCCAUAGCCAUGUCAGAGACACUGCAUCGAUUCAGCAACAGGUUCAGCAACAAGUACAACAGCAGGUGCAACCUCAGCAGAUUGGCGUUCAGAACCAGCAGUUACAACAUCAGGUUCAAUUGCAACAGCAACAACAACAACAAGUGCCACAGCAACAAGUACCACAGCAACCGCAGCAACAACAAGUGCCACAACAACAAAUGCCACAGCAACAAGUGCCACAACAACCAUUACCACAACAACCACAACAACCACAACAACCACAGCCAAUGCAACAACUUCACCAACCUCAACAGCAGCCAAUGCAACCUCAGCUGCAACUACCACAACAGAUGCAGCCCCAACUUCAACAACCUCAGCUACAACAACUACCUCGACAGGCCCAGCAGGCUCAGCAGGCUCAGCAAGUCCAACAGCACCCUCAGCAAGGUCAGAUACAAGGACAAUAUCAGUACUCAAUGAUGCCUAAUGGUAUAGUUUCAGGACCAUAUGGUAUGCCCCAACAGGCUGGCCAACCUGGCGCGGUUAUGAUGGGUUCAGCCCAGUCUCCAAUGUCAACAUCUGCGAUGUCUCCGAUGGCGAACCGUGUUUCUAUAACCGGUGGACAACCUGUUCAAUCGUUACAGUCACCUUUACCACAAUCUGCUGUGGCUACACCUAUGGCAAACAUGAACACUUUACAUGCCAAUGUCCCAAACAACGGGAAUAAUAGUCGUAAUAAUCAACAACAACAGCAACAACAACAACAACAGCAGCAACAGCAACAGCAGCAGCCGAUCAACAGAGCCUCUGUUGGAAUGCAGCAACAGCAGACAGCCCCAAGACAGCCUACAAAACACAUACAAGUGCCUGGUCAAGAUAUGAAUAACCAGCAGAUGAGAUCUGGGUCCAUGGGAGCCGGCCAAACGAUUGUUCAGAACCAGUUCAGCCAGCAGCGUACAGGUGGUGCGCAGAACAUCCAACAGCCAUGGCAGUUCACCAAGAUACAACAGGCCCAGGCUCAGGAACUCCAGCAGAGAGUACAGAUGCAGAAGAGUCAGCUGAACAAUCAAUUGCAGAACUUUGGUAACUUGACACCACAGCAGCAGAUGUUGAUGCAACAGCAGAGGUUACAAGCAUUACAAAAUGGACGUAUUGUUGGCCAGCAGCAACAACAGGGUGGGCAGUUCCAGCAGCAGGCUCAGCAGAUGAUGAUGAUGCAACAGUCACAACCACAGCAUCCACCAUCACAGUCCCCACUCCUGCGACCACAACAAAUGCCUAUCAAUAAUGGGACUGGACAGAAUGGUAUGCUUCCCCAAGGUCAACUGAACCCUGUGGUUGAUUCAGGUAUCAUUGGUGGUGAGAAUAUGGCUGCGCUUCAAGACUACCAGAUGCAGUUGAUGAUGUUAGAGAACCAGACGAAGAUGUCACAGUCGGAGUCUCAGAACGUAACAUCGCAACAUCCACAACAGCAGUCGUCACAACCGUCAUCACAGCCAUCAUCGCAACCACCAUCUCAACAGCCACCAUCUCAACAACUGCCUGAACAAGCACAACAACGAAAGUAUCAAAAGCAGCAGAAACAGCAGAAACCUCACAGACAACAGGGCCCGGGCUCGAACAAGAAUGCCCAAAACAGUGAAGCCACGGCCAAUUCGAACAACAAUACUACUAUUAGUGCAAAUUCUAACGGGACCACCGGUGCUACGACCAACGGCCAGUCCUUGGAUAGAUCGAGGAUGCCCUCUGUCGGUGUUGAUCCUCUACAACCGGACCCAAUGAUGAUGGCUGACCUCUUCUCUGGGGAUCUACCGACUGGACAGUGGAACUCAGAGGAUUUGGGGUUUAGCGGAGAUUUGAACCUUUAAAAGGCUCUACAAAUACAUGUUGAU